GUUUGGGAAUGUGUACAGUUGUACACCAGUCAGCUGAUACGGGUAAUGUUGCCGAAGUCGCGCGUGGUUACGUUUCUUGGCGGUCUGUUACCGACAACGAUAACAUCUUUAGACAGUGUUGACAAGGAGAAACAUGACUAUUUAUCACUUUACAAGUCUUCGAACGCUGAAAAUGGAUGGGAUAGAGUACGGAUGAUGUUCAGCACAGAUGAAUUUGGAAACAUCAGUCCAGAGGUAUUUAGUGUUCUUCAGACUGCAUUCUUUGGUUCCUUUCUAGGAGGUUGUUAUGGAGGCUUCCUUUUUUCACGAAAAGCAUAUGUGGAAUUCAUUGAACGCAAUCAGGCCACAUCAUUUACAAGUCACUUAGAAGCAAAGAGACAGUUACAGAACCAUGUAACAGUUAAUUUUGCAAAAGGUGCACUAAAAUGGGCUUGGCGUGUUGGAUUUUUUAGCAGUUCAUAUGUGUUGCUUUCCACAAUGUUCCAAACAUACCGGGGAGAGUCACGCCUAGUUGAUUAUGUGGCUGCUGGUGGAAUUACAGGAGCUUGCUACAGGUUACAUCUUGGUGUUCGUGGUUUUCUGGUUGGAGGAUUACUAGGUUGCGUUUUAGGAGUUAUGGCUGGUGGAUCAUCAAUGCUAUUAUUGACGGCAGCUGGUACUUCAGUGGAAGAAGUAAGGUUCUGGCAGUACAAAUGGAAGACAUCGAGAGAUAUGAUGAAGAAAGAGCAGGCAGGUGCUGCCAGAGGUUACGACGAUCCUCUGAUAAAAUGGCAUGACGAAGUUCACACAAAGGACUCAAACGAGUCGACUCAGAAAAGUGAGAAACAGUGACUGUAAUGCAGAGUAACAUGACUGUGAUAGUUGUGAAUUGUUGAUACACUUUACAUUAAAAUGUGAUGUUCUUAUAAUGUUUGCUCUGUCAAGAGAAUAAAGUAAAACCUGUGUAGGAUUAUAA